AUGUUUGUAAAAAAUAUAAAAACAUUUCGUUUACAACUGCUGUACCAACCCUAGUAACUCAAGCAAAACACAUCCUUAUAUAUAUGAUAAAGGAAAAGGCCAAGGCACAGCGCGCCACAGUGCUUGUGCCGGCGGACCUAAAGACAGCAGAUGGGAGCGAGAUAAAAACAGUGCCUUCCUUCAAGUAUCUGGGCACAGAAAUAGCAAGCAACGCCAGCGCCACCAAAGAAGUCGAAAGGCGGACGGGGAUAGCAACAGCAACGACGCAGCAACUCCGAAAAAUCUGGGCAGAUAAAGGGCUCCCGCGGGAGCUGAAGGCGGAACUAUACACCUCGUUGCGCAGCUCGGUAGCGCUGUACAAUAGUGAGUGUUGGGUCCCGCACGAGCACGACCUCAAGGUCUUGCGUAACUUCCAGAUGCAGACACUGAAAACAGUGACGGGGGAGCGAAGGGAGUGGCAGCGGCAGCAGGAAAGGCAGGAGGAGCAGAACGCAGAGGGGGGGCCGGUAGACGAGGAAGCAGAAUACACCAGCCGCGUCGAGUUAUGCAAAAGAGCAGGCAUACUCGAUAUAGAGACGAUGCUACAGGGGAAGCGGGUAGCAUGGGUUGCCCAUGCAUUCCGCGACACAACAGAAGCCUCAGGGUGGUGGAUAGCAAACGAGAUAAAGGCGAAAACACCAUGGGGCAGGCUGGUGGAGCAAGACCUGCAGCACUUUGGCUUCGAUGCCGCACAGAUGGCGCAGCAGCCGCCAGACGCAGCGGCAGUGAAGGAAGCAAUGCGGCAAAAAAGAAAAGUGGACACGAGCAGAAGAAACGGGCCCAAGCAAACAAGGACAGCAACCGAGAAGACCGAGAAAAUGCGCGAGGAGCAGCGCAAGAGAAUACAGCAACAGCAACAAGCGGAAAGGGGGCGAGCGGAACUAAUUCAAACGAUCAGCGGCAAGAGCUGGGUGCGUUUACCCGGCCAAAGACGGGAAGUUUGGCGUCUAGAAGAAAGCGACCAGGUGGUGUUUGAAGCAGACAGCACGGAUUUUUGCGAAAACACAGGAAGAGAAAUAGUGUAUGUCUGCGGGGUCUCCUUUUACAAAGGCCAAGAUAACACUUGGCACGCAGAGUGAGUGACUCUCCUGUCACUCCGCACACAGCAGUACUGGGUGCCCGUCCACUCAUUAGAAUGAGAAAAGAUAAUGUUUAUCCCGGACACGCACAAAUAUGAUGAUGAUGAUGAUGAUAAAGGUUUUCAAUACUACAAUUACAACUAUUCCUAUGUAUUUUACCAUAAUUAAU